AUGUCUCCGAAGUCGGGGACAGCCGCCCUGGCUGGGAAGGCGCCGCUCUCCAUGUCCUUCUUGGGGUCUGGGUUUCUCGCGGUUUACCAGCUGGGCGUGGUCCAGUGCCUGCUGGACGUGGCCCCGGGGGUGGUGGAGGGGGCGCCCGAAGUGUUCGGGGCAUCAGCCGGCUCCUUGGCUGCGGCAGCCGUCGUUUGCGGGACAAAUAUGGGUCACGCGCGGGACGAGAUGAUAAAGUUCGCCCAGGGCCUGCGGAGACGCGCUGGGGGGCCGCUGCACCCCUCCGCCGACGUGUUCCGGGGGAUCGAGCGCGUGCUGCGCCGCGUCAUCCCGGAGAACGCGCACCUGCGGGCCGGCGGCCGCCUUCACGUCGCCGCGAUGCGCGUCCCCGACGGCAAGGCCGUUCUGAUCUCGCGCUUCCAGUCCAGGGAAGACCUGAUCCAGGCGCUGUUGUGCAGUUGCUUUCUUCCCUUGUACUGUGGAUUGACGCCACCCCGUUUCAAGGGAGAUUACUACAUGGACGGAGGCUUCACCAGCAUCCAGCCCGUGCACAACCGCCACAGAAUCCUGUCGGUGUCGCCGUUUGCUGGCGACGUGGACAUCUGCCCCCGUGACCCCCCUCAAAGCCACUACGACCUGGUGGUGAGCGGGCUGGCCUUCCAGAUGACCACCCCCAACUUCCACCGGAUGAUAGACGCCCUCUUCCCCCCCGCGGGCUCUGUUCUUCAGAAGGCUUAUGCCAGUGGAUACCAGGAUGCUCAUUUCUUUUUGCAAAGAAGCGAUCUCAUAGAGUACCAGCCCUCUGUGAUGAACGGCCUGGCCCCAUCCUCUAAAGCGUGUUCUGGGAGAGUUGUGGAAUCUCAUAUGCUCCAAGAGGAAGAAGAGACGGAAAGAGAAGAGAAAGAAGAGGAGAAUAAUGGAGUGGAGGAGGAGGAGGAGGAGGAGGAGGAGGAGGAGAGGGAGGUCCCGACCGCAGUCCCGCAGAAGAAGGCGGGGAUUUCGGGGUGUUGCUCCCCGAGUCCGGAGAGCUCGGGCUGGAGUCUGAGCUCCCUGGAGCAGGCCCUGUACCUGAGUCUACCAGGCUGGGUACAGACAGCCCUGCUAUGCAACCUCAUGGCCCAAAUCGGACUGCUGGGUUUCCAUGACACCUUCCAAGCACAUCUGAUAUCGUAUCUACUCUUGCCCUACACACUGCCUGCUUGCAUCUUCUUUCACUUCACCUGCAGGCUGCUGCUCUGGCUAAGGCGCGUCCCAGAGGAUGUGUUCUGGCUGUGGCAGGACACAAAGCAGAUUGUGCUGUUUCUCAUCAGAACCACCGUGUCCAGCCUGAAGAAGAACCUGGCAGACAGGUACCUUCCCCCCGUUCGCCUGACCCCCGUGCUGGAGUUCCUGUCGGAGGGCGAGGUUUCCCCGAAGAUGGCCCGUGUGAGGCGGCGUUCCACCCUGAGGGUGCAGCUCACCGGCGUGGGCUCCUCCGAAUCCCGCUCCGGCCCCCGCCCUGAAGCCCUGGCCUUCUCCUUCCAGCUGGACCUGGGGGUGGAGGUGGACAGCCAGCCCGACGUCCCGGCCCUCCCCCCCUGCCAGCAGCCACCGCCCCUGGGGUCCCCCCCCAGCUCCGAGGGAGAGGACGAGCCCGCCCCCACCCUCUCCACGUCCCAGGUAUCCCCUGGGGGAGGAGGGGAAGGAGAAGGAGAAACCAGCAUCCUGCAGCUGUCCAAGGACAAGAGCGAACUGCGAAUUACCUGAAGUUCCCUCCGGGGAAAAUAUGAUUUUCUGUUCUGUUCAUUCCACUUCUGAACUAGCCUGUGAUUGAAAGGCUGUCUGAUAUAUUCCAGAUCGGGGCAGUUUGUGGGGUGGCAGUGUAACCAAAAAAUAAGAAACAAAUCGGUGGACAGUGGCUGCACGCAAUGUUAUUAAGAACGGUAGGACAAACUAAUUAAGUUGAAGAUGUCACAUAUACUUAAUUGCAUGCAACAUGUCUAUAAUUGUAUUAAGCAAAUCCAGCAAUUUUAUUUAUUUAGUAAAUCCAACUACUUAACAAUACUGCGUACAACCACUAGCAAACAUUUGUGUGUGUGUGUGUGUAUAGUAGAGUUCUAUAUGUAGAGUUGGGCAGAGCUACUAGCUUAGCUAGCCAAAGUUGUACCAUGUGUGUAGUUUCUAUUUCUAAAAUCAAGUAGCUACAAUUGUAGGCUAGCUGUAUUGGCAUAAAAGUAAAAUUGUUAGACCAGCAUCAUUUGUGAACAGAAAAUCCCAGUUUAGAUUUAAAACACCAUUGUCCAUCGGAUAUUGAAAGCAAAACCUAAAAUGGACCAGAUCGUGUCACCACCAUGAUUGCCCUGCGCCAAUUGCAUUGGCAAGGUGUAUUAUUAUCGCAUAAAAAUAUAAGACAAAUUGUAUAGUAACCUGUCUGACAGCAGAGUAAAAUCAUUACACCAAUAUCACAUGUUGAUAAAAUCCCAGCUUUCAGAUUCACACCAUUAUCAGUUGGAUAUUUAAAGCAAAAUUCCCUGCCUAAAAUGGACCUGAUUUAUCAUGUGACCACAACUGUGACCCAUAUAAAAUGCAAGUUAUUGUGUUGCUAUCACGUAAUAUUGGACAUUUACGUGACCAUCCAUAUCAAUGAAUGGACAUGCUUAAUAUAACGAAGUUCUCAACAGCAGCAGAUUUCACAUUUCACGUCAAUCAA